AUGGCUGUUGGAAACGGAAGCACCGCGUCCGAGAUCCCCACAUGGAGCCUUGAGGGCAAGGUCGCCGUUGUCACCGGCUCAGGCCGUGGCAUCGGAAAGGCAAUGGCUCUGGAGCUCGCCAAGCGCGGCGCCAAGGUUGUCGUAAACUACGCCAACGCCAUCGAGGGCGCUGAGGAGACCGUCAAGGAGAUCAAGAAGCUCGGAUCCGACGCCAUUGCCAUCAAGGCCAACGUCGCCAACGUCCAGGAGACCACCAAGCUCAUGGAUGAGACCGUCAAGCACUUUGGCAAGCUCGACAUCUGCUGCUCCAACUCCGGCGUUGUGUCCUUCGGCCAUCUCAAGGAUGUCACAGAGGAGGAGUACGACCGCGUCAUGAGCAUCAACACCCGUGGCCAGUUCUUCGUUGCCCGCGAGGCCUACAAGCACAUGGAAGUCGGCGGCCGCAUCAUCCUCAUGGGCUCCAUCACUGGCCAGGCCAAGGGCGUGCCCAAGCACACUCUGUACUCCGGCAGCAAGGGCACGAUUGAGACCUUCGUCCGCUGCAUGGCUAUCGACUGCGGCGACAAGAAGAUCACCGUCAACUGCGUCGCCCCCGGCGGCAUCAAGACCGACAUGUACCACGCCGUGUGCAAGGAGUACAUUCCGGGAGGAGACAAGAUGAACAACGACGAAGUCGACGAGUACGCCGCCACCUGGUCGCCGAUGAACCGCGUUGGCCAGCCCAUCGACAUUGCGCGCGUCGUCGCCUUCCUCGCCUCCCAGGACGGCGAGUGGGUCAACGGCAAGGUCAUCGGCAUCGAUGGCGCUGCUUGCAUGUAA